CCCAACCCAUUAUCGAUGUGUCUACUUGGGUUUGGGUAUAAUUACCCAUGGGUGGGUAAUUUGCCAUCCCUAUUUUCCCCCUUCUUUUCAAAUGAAUUUGUUUUUUGUAUUGGAAACAUCAUAAUAGGUGUUUUUUCCCCCACAUGGUGAUGGGCAGACAUUUUUUUAAUUGUCUCUAUACAAUUUUAACAAUUAAAUACAUAUAGUAAAAUUUAUGUAAAAAUUGUCUAAACAUUUGAUAAUCAGCUUGUAGCGAUACAAUCAAAUCAAAUAAAUGUCUAUGACAAAAAAAACUAAAAAUGAGACGGGAGCCAAAAUCUUGCUUACUCAUCGUGGCAAACAAAUGCACGGUUCAUGCAACAUGUACUCACAUGCCAGUGUCAAGCAAAUACCAAUUUACCAUACGUGGUAAAUACCAUGAAUUGUAUUGGAACAAGAGUAAAAAUUAGUUAGACACCUGUUAUUUUAAUCAAACAAACCCUACAUAAUCAUCACUAAACUACGCUUAACCCCCUUUCUACUCCCCAAACUGUUAUUUUUAGCACGUUUCGUCCUUGAUUAUUUGUUCAGUACCCGCCAAGCCAUCCAUAAUUAUCCACACGCCCAGACGGCUCUAAAAUUAAUCCCACUUACGUAUUCCCCAAACCAAACCAAACCACAACCGCCGCUGGUAAUUAAUUCCGCUACACAGCCAGCUAUGGUAUCACAAGAACCACCACUACUCCCACGCCGCCUUCCUCGCUUUUUCUUUUUCUUCCUCCUUCCUAUAACUAUAAAUAUCCAGCCCUUCCCUCCUUCUCUUCACAGCUCUCUCCUUCCUACACAUCACACGAAACGCCUUUCUGAUUCGUCCCCGCCUCCGCCUGUCCUUUUCUCCCCGAAAACAGAAGAAAGCUAGCAAAUUAAACCUUCGAUCGAUCGAUCAGCCAUGGACACUAAGAUCGGAUCAAUCGACGCCUGCAUCCCCAACCGCACUGACAUGUGCUCCGCCGCGAACGGCGCCGUUUCCACCAUCCAGAACUCCAUCCCGACCUCCGUCGCCAAGAAUCCCGAGGCCACGCUCGGCCGCCACCUGGCCCGACGCCUCGUCCAGGUCGGCAUCACCGACGUCUUCACCGUCCCCGGCGAUUUCAACCUCACUCUCCUCGACCAUCUCAUCGCCGAGCCCGGACUCACCAACAUUGGCUGCUGCAACGAGCUCAACGCCGGAUACGCCGCCGACGGCUACGCUCGCUCCCGCGGCGUCGGCGCCUGCGUCGUCACCUUCACCGUCGGCGGUCUCAGCGUUCUCAACGCCAUCGCCGGGGCUUACAGCGAGAAUCUCCCCGUCAUUUGCAUCGUCGGAGGCCCUAACUCCAACGAUUACGGAACCAACAGGAUUCUCCACCACACCAUUGGCCUCCCCGAUUUCACUCAGGAGCUCCGAUGCUUCCAGACCGUCACCUGCUUCCAGGCUGUGGUGAAUAACUUGGAAGAUGCUCAUGAGCUGAUAGACACAGCGAUUUCCACUGCUUUGAAAGAGAGCAAGCCUGUUUACAUUAGCAUCGGCUGCAAUUUGCCCGGAAUUCCUCACCCCACCUUCAGCCGAGACCCCGUUCCCUUCUCUCUCAAUCCACGAUUGAGCAAUCAGCGGGGGCUGGAGGCCGCAAUCGAAGCAGCUGCGAAGUUUCUGAACAAGGCGGUGAAGCCAGUUUUGGUCGGCGGGCCCAAACUUCGGGUGGCCAAGGCAUGCGAUGCUUUCGUCGAGCUGGCGGAUGCUUCUGGCUAUGCUCUAGCCGUGAUGCCCUCCGGGAAAGGGCUAGUCCCAGAGCACCAUCCUCGUUUCAUCGGGACCUACUGGGGCGCGGUCAGCACGGCCUUCUGUGCCGAGAUUGUUGAAUCGGCGGAUGCUUACUUGUUCGCCGGGCCCAUCUUCAAUGACUACAGCUCUGUUGGUUACUCGUUGCUUCUCAAGAAGGAGAAGGCGAUUGUUGUGCAGCCUGAUCGCGUGGUGAUUGCCAACGGCCCGGCAUUUGGAUGUGUUCUGAUGAAGGAUUUCCUGCAAGGGCUUGCUAAGAAGCUCGAGAAGAACACUACCGCGUAUGAGAACUACCAUAGGAUCUUUGUCCCCGAGGGAGUUCCUCUCAAGGGUGAGCCUAAGGAGCCUUUGAGGGUGAAUGUGCUGUUCCAGCACAUACAGAAGAUGCUCUCUGGUGAGACUGCUGUGAUUGCUGAGACAGGAGACUCCUGGUUCAAUUGCCAGAAGCUUAAAUUGCCCGAGGGAUGCGGGUAUGAAUUUCAGAUGCAGUAUGGUUCAAUAGGUUGGUCAGUUGGUGCUACUCUUGGAUAUGCUCAAGCUGUGCCGGAGAAGCGUGUGAUUGCUUGCAUUGGUGAUGGUAGCUUUCAGGUGACUGCGCAAGAUAUUUCAACGAUGAUUAGAAAUGAGCAGAAGACUAUCAUAUUCCUGAUCAACAAUGGUGGGUACACCAUCGAGGUCGAGAUCCACGAUGGUCCGUACAAUGUGAUCAAGAACUGGAACUACACCGGGUUGGUUGAUGCAAUUCAUAACGGUGAAGGCAAUGUCUGGACAACUAAGGUAUACUGUGAAGAGGAGUUGAUUGACGCCAUUGAGACGGCUACAGGAGAAAAGAAGGAUAGCUUGUGCUUCAUUGAGGUGAUUGUUCACAAGGAUGACACCAGCAAAGAACUGUUGGAAUGGGGCUCCAGAGUCUCCGCUGCAAACAGCCGCCCACCCAACCCACAGUAGAAGAAGAAGAAGAAGUUGAUAUAGCAACUUGAAAUGUGGUCGUAUUGGAGAGAAGAUUUGCAGUGUGUCAAUUCUAGUAGUUUCCUUUCACGUUGAGAAUUCACAAUAUUAGUUUGAUUGCAGUAUUGGUUUUUCCCCGUCUCUCAAAAGAAAAAAGUUCUAUGUAGAUUCCUUCUUUCCUUCCUAUGGAUUUAACCGUUCGUUAAUGCGAGAGGACCUCUGUUCUGGCUUUAUUCAUAUUGUUUUACCUUCUCGAGUCUCGACACGUGUCUGUUCUGCACAUAUCCAGCUCACUUCAAAUAUACUGGAAAAUUCCUUGACAAGUGCGUGGCGAAAUUUCUUCGAUCAGCCUUCGUGGGCUUUGCCUCAAUUGAUAUCAAGAAGGUGGGCUGGGUCUUUUACUCUUUUUGAUGUGUUUAUGGGCCCAAGUCUUUUUAUGUUUAUGGUUCAUUCAAAUGACAAAAAAAAAAAAACAAAAAAAAAAAAAACAAAAACAACAACAACAACAACAAAAAAAUGGUUCAUUUAGAAUGCAAGAAUAAGUUGAGGGAUAGGUCCAACUUAGGUUACAGUGUACCAAGGUUGUCAAACCGGUUUAUACCGUUGUGCCGGUUUGGCAAGCGGAAUGGUACGACCGGUGGUAUAACCAGUUUGUGCCGGUUCAUGCCGGUCUAAAAAAAUGUGAAAACAAUUAAUAUCCAAUAUAUUUAAUCAUAUAUAAAACAUUUUUGUGGACAAUUUAGUUACAAUCCAACAAAUAUCAUCAACUUUUAACUAUUACAUUCAUAAAAUGAAUAAUAAAUUAUUAUUUUUAUUCAUUAAAUUCAUUAAAAUGAUGUCAUUUUACUUAGAAUGCGUAAGUCGAUCAUACCGGUCAUACCGGUGGUGUCAUGCCGGUUUCAUGACCGGCACAGGUUGAACCAGGUUCAACCGGGUGGCAUGCCACCGACAUGACAACCAUGCAGUGUACACACACCCCGGCGCAUGUUCUAGUUCGCAGAAACGCGAAUUACUUACAAAAUGUCCGAAAUUCACGGAUUUAAUAUUGUUGGAGCACGAACUAUUGAAUUAAAAGCGCGACUUUUUUGGGUGAUCAUCUUUUUCAGAUGGAAUUGGCAGGGAAGAAAAUAUGAAGCAUAAUAGCUAUGAAGAUCACCAUCGAUGAAGAACCAGAAGAUCCUGCAGCCGUUUCAGGAUGAAGAGGCGGGUCAAUCGAGUCGGGCUUCCUUUCACCCGACUCGGCUAAGAAAAUCGAGUGAAUAGUUGGAUACCCGAUUUUAGUAUUUUUAAAUUUUUAUUUUUUCCUCCCAUUGAGAAUGAUAAUUGAACCCAAACUCAUGGUAUUGACGAGUUUUGUAUCGAGAGCAAGUUUUAUACGCUUUUUUAGUUGGUAGGUUGGGUCGAGUGUGAAUUUGUUAAAAACUCGAUUCGACCCGGUCAAAACAAGCUGAACAAGGCGUUGACGAGUUUUUGAUCGAGAGGGAGUUUUAUCUAUUUUAAUAUUUUUUUAUCUCCUUUUCCUUUUGGUUGAGAAUGACAAUUGAACCCGGACCCAGUGUUGAUGAGUUGUACAACCCUUUGAAAACCAUACCAUAUAUGCUUUGUGUUGCCGAAUUUUGCAUCGAGACUGAGUUUCAUAUUCUUUUGUAUUUUCUUAUCUCUCUUUUUCUUUUGGUUAAGCAUGUCAAUUGAAUUCAAACUCAUGGGUAUCCAACAAAAUUUGUCCAGUUAA